ACAUGGACAAUGUGUGAUGGGUGUGUUGGUGUGUCCGUGCGAGCAAGGAGGUGUGGUAGCCCUCCUCCGAGAUUUGGUGGUUUGCAAUGUGAAGGUGAAGCUGAGCAGAGCCGAGCGUGUCUGGACAAUUCAACCACAUGUGCAGACUGUCCAGGUGAGCAGAUUCUAUUGGUCUGUGGACGGACCUGCCCUCGAUCGUGUGAUGAUCUCUCUCCAGAUGUGGUCUGUCUCAAUGAUGAUGUUGGCUCCCCUGGUCCUGACUCAUCUCUAGUUUGCAGGUCGUCCUGUGGGUGUCCGCACAGUUUGCUCCUUCAGAAUGGAUCAUGUGUUCCUCAGAGUGAGUGUCGCUGCAAAUCCCGAGUUCCCAUUCUCACAGGGCCAAGUGUAAACAGCAGCUGGAGUCUGUAUCCUGGUGUCGAGGACUGGCGAUAUAUCCAUGCAGGAGAGCAUGUGGAGAUUGGGUGUGAAAACUGGUGA